AUGGAUGAGCCACCACCUUGCACCAUCAUCGGAAAAGCCGCAGAGCCGGAGCGAGGACCAGAACAGCUGGAAGAGUCUGCAGACAGCUCGGAGGAAUACCAGUUGAAUUCCUUCGAAGCCUUCCGAAGGUACUGCAUCAACGCCAACAUUGCGUUGGUGAGACCAGAGUUCCUGGAACAUCUUUGCCAAGAGGGGCGGGUCUGGCCGCGGAGGCAGGAGGCCGAGCAAAUCCCAGGAGCUUUGUACAAGCCUGGGCCCGAUGACGAGUUCUCCUUCAUCGGCAUCUCCCACUGCUGGGAGUCUCGGGAACAUCCCGACCCUUUCGGGUACCAGCUCAAAACCAUAGUGGACGCAUGGCACUACUGGAGAGAGGCCGAGCCCGAGACGUACAGAGAUGCCAACACCUACUUCUUCAUUGAUUACAUGAGCCUACCCCAGUUCAAGAGAAGUGCAGAAGAGCAGACGUGCUUCCAGCGCGCGAUGAAACAUAUGCACAUGUUCUAUGCGAAUAGUAGCGCAAUCUUUUGCAAGAGCGUGUGGCGCUUGGAAGACUUGACGCCUGCAGGUGUGAAGAGACAGCAGAUCCGCCAAAGGCGGACCAUUCCGGUCUACAUCCUGGCUGAAGGGAAGGUGGUCGAAGUCCCCCUCAAGCGCUUGAAGCGCAGCGUUGGUGGCAAAUGCAGCUCCUCUUGCGACGAAAACUGUCGCAAUUUGCACGCGAAUGACAUCGUUUACCUCGGCCGCGGCUGGUGCAGGGCCGAAUUUGAAUGGGCCAAGCCCUACACCGUCGACAUUUCGCGGCGGGGCGUGUGCCUGCGCCGUUGCUGCGCUUGGUAUGACUCCUUUUUUUACAGGUUCUCCCUGCCCUGGACGCCUGAGGCGUUCCAGAGAAGUGUAGCCACCCGCGCGUUGAAAUUCACUCACCGCGGUGACAUCGACCCGGUGCUCGAAUUGCAACGCACGGUCUUUCACCAGAAAGUGGCGACUCUGAAGAAUUUCAAUUGCAACUGGCUUCCAUUCCACGAAGUCCACGACUUGGUGGAGCUUGUGCCGCUCCUGCAGGUGGUGCAGGACUUCACGCUGAAUGCCGCCCAUGUCGCAAAGUCCCAGCAGCUCGCCUUGGCGACCGCCUUGGCGACUCGCCCGGCACUGCAGAAGGUGGGGAUCGGCUCUGUCCAGCUGAGCCCCGACGCGGUGCAAGUCCUGGCCGCGGCACCGUGGCUCCGCACGCUGUGGCUGAACGACUGCGGCCUGGGCGACGCCGGCGCCGGUGCCGUGGCGAACGCCCUGGUGCAGCACCCAACGCUCCGAGAGGUGCAGCUGCAAAUCAACGGCAUCGGCGACCGUGGCGCGACGGCCUUGGCGUCGGCCUUGGAGUCCAACGACGUCUUGGAGGAGCUCCGUUUGGAUUUCAACAAGAUCCGCUCCCGCGGCGCCGUGGCUUUGGCCGAGGCCUUGCGAAGCAACGGCAGUGUGAGACGCUUGGUGAUCGAAAACAACCCGAUUGGCUCCCAGGGCGUCCGAGCUCUGAGGCGCGUUGCAGAGAGGAUCGAGGUGGUCCACGAAGGGUUGGAGAGAAAUGCAGACGCUUCCUGGUGCGGAUGGAUGUGCUGCAUCCUGAUUCGGGUUUUUGCUUGGAUCUUUUUCACCAUGAUUUUCCUUCCUAUGAGAUGCUUCAGUUGGCGGCAGAGGGCCAUCGCUUGCAUCAGCGCCCGGAGGAAACCCUCCCAACCUGAGAAGAUUGAGAAAAUGAAAAGACCAUUGGACGUUUAA